AUGAGUCGUGGUGGAGCUGGAAACAUUGAGCACCAAAUGCACCAGCACCAACAAAGUCGUCGUGGGCUGGUGUUAAGUGCUUUCGGUGAUAAUCACUCGAUUCAUCUGUCGCAAGACCUGUUUGGUGUGAAACCCGUUCGGUCCAACCCUCUUCGUCCUGUGGCACUGAAUCGCUCGGCGUCAAUGAGACCCGUGAUGCUGAAUCGCCUGGGUCUGGGGUUGACUACGUCCCUUCUGAAUCAUGAACACUACUUGCAUCCAACAACACUGCAUAAUAAAAAGACAUACUAUCUGACGGGCAGAGGCGGCGCUGGCAAUAUCGCUUCCGUCGAGGGAGCCCCUCCCCUGCCAAAGAUCGUUGCUCAAGGCGAAAACUACCCCACCUUACACACAGCGAAAGUAAGUACCGGAAGAGGCGGGUAUGGUAACAUGGUGGAAAAUUCUAAUCCUGACUUCACUAGAAGACUUCAGGACGUUGAUGGCAAGCCGGAGUUGAAUGUCGUGCCGCUGAAUAAGUCGAUUCUGGUAGGACGCGGAGGCUUCGGGAACAUAACAACAACUAAGCUGGCGGCAUCGCAGUCUCUGAAUCCUAUGCAACAAACCGUUUCCCCUGAGGUUAAUCUUUACACCAUUCUGUCUCAAGGAAAUGAGUUGAAGAAGAAACGCAACAAACUGUUCCUUGGAAAAAUCAAAGAGAUAUUUGGAUCUUAG